CGGUAACGGCCAUAGAGAACCAGAACGAAGCGAGGAGAAGCAGCACCGCCCAUAGACAUACACACACUGCACCGUUACACCUGUUAUUUCUGUAUUCGCAGAUAGAUCACAGACAAGACGAUGGUGUAGGCGAAAGUAGAUUUUUGUCUGCGUAAAUUGGUGAAUGUAAUUCCUUUACAUUGACCGGUUGGUGAGCGCGCGAGCGGCGCCCGGUUUUUCCGUCCCGACAACCGCCUCCUCUUCGAGAGAUACGUGCCGAUGCGAUUCUUCAGACUCACCUUCAAGUGUUUCGUGGAUUGCUUUUGAAGGUGCCCUUUGAAGUCGGUGAUAAUUUUUUGUUUCAUUUUUCGCGCGAUCCUCUUCCACAUCUUAUUUACGGUUAUUUCUGCGGACAUUUCCCCAAGAAACCAGACUGAAAAAUAUAUAUAUAUAUAUAUAAAACAAAAAUAUAUACCUUUAUAUUAAAUAAUAACAAUCUUGACUUGAUAAAUAUCAUAAAAAGGACCCUUUAUUAAAAGAACAAUCAGAGGACCAGAUCCUGUUAACCCUUUAACAGGUUUGAACAGAGAAGAAGAACAGAAGGACAUCUUGGUGUCAAUAAAGGAAACUGACACGAGCCAUACAGAUAAAAAGGAACAAAGAGAUUUGGGAUAACUUGCAAUCCCAGGGGCAUUGACUCAUUAUUAUAUAUAUAUACAUAUAUAUAUAUAUAUAUAUAUUUUUUUUUGGUGAACUUGUGUGUUUAGGAUGGACAAGAGGAAAACGAGCGCACUUGGCUCUAACUGCAGCGUGGUGGAUAUGGUGACGGAAAGCUGCGUUCUAGAGAACCCGGAGGAGAGGAAAGGCCACUUCAUUCCCAUCGGGAACCCCCAGGCCGCGACCGGCUCUCGGAUCAUCGCAAACGGCGAUAAGAAGCCCGUUCAGCCGGAGAGAGAGACAUGGUCCCGGCAGAUGGACUUCAUCAUGUCCUGCGUGGGCUUCGCCGUAGGUCUGGGGAACGUGUGGCGCUUCCCUUACCUUUGCUACAAAAAUGGUGGAGGAGUCUUUCUCAUUCCCUACGUUUUGUUUAUAUUCUUCGGUGGAAUUCCUAUCUUCUUUCUGGAAAUUGCUCUGGGACAGUUCAUGAAGGCUGGAAGCAUCGCUGUGUGGAACAUCGCUCCACUCUUUAAAGGACUCGGCUGUGCUUCCAUGGUUAUAGUGUUUUUCUGCAACACCUACUACAUCAUGGUCCUGGCAUGGGGUUUCUAUUACCUCAUCAAAUCUUUCACCGCCAUACUGCCGUGGUCCACCUGCACAAACUACUGGAACACUGAGAACUGCAUCGAGUCCUUCCACCAGGACGCCUGUAAGAACGGCUCCUUCGGCAACUUCACCUUCAUGAACAAGACCUGCGAGGAGUUAGAGAACUCCACCUCUCCUAUCGUCGAGUUCUGGGAGAAUAAGGUGCUGCAAAUCUCCGCUGGCUUGGACGUUCCAGGUCAGAUCAACUGGGAGAUGACGCUGUGUCUGAUGGCUGUCUGGGUGAUGGUAUACUUCUCCGUCUGGAAGGGUGUAAAGUUUACAGGAAAGAUUGUCUAUUUCACUGCCAUGUUCCCUUAUGUUGUUCUGAUCAUUCUCCUGGUGAGAGGUGUGACCCUACCUGGGGCCUACAGUGGUAUCAUAUACUAUCUACAACCAGACUGGUCAAAGCUUAAACAUGCACAGGUCUGGAUCGAUGCCGGCACUCAAGUAUUUUUUUCUUACGCUAUCGGACUUGGAGCCCUGACUGCUCUUGGCAGUUAUAACCGAUUCAACAACAACUGUUACAGGGAUACUUUUCUGUUGUCACUGAUAAACAGCGGCACCAGUUUCUUUGCUGGCUUUGUGGUUUUUUCCAUUCUGGGUUUCAUGGCUGCUGAGCAGGGUGUGGACAUCUCAAAAGUGGCAGAGUCAGGGCCUGGCCUGGCGUUCAUCGCGUACCCUAAAGCCGUGUCCAUGAUGCCUAUGGCACCGGUCUGGGCCACACUCUUCUUCAUCAUGCUGCUGUUGCUGGGGCUGGGUAGUCAGUUUGUUGGUGUAGAAGGCUUUGUAACUGGCAUCCUGGAUCUGCUCCCUUCAAAGUUUUACAAGCGAGAAUUCACUGUAGCGAUCUCCUGCAUAUUGAGCUUUGUUAUUGAUCUCUCCAUGGUUACACAGGGAGGGAUGUAUGUCUUCCAGCUUUUUGACUAUUAUUCAGCCAGUGGAAUGACCCUGUUGUGGCAGGCAUUCUGGGAAUGCGUGGUUGUCGCCUGGGUUUACGGUGCUGAUAAGUUUAUGGAUGACAUUGCCCUUAUGAUCGGUUACCGGCCUUUCCCUUGGAUGAAGUGGUGCUGGUCGUUUCUUACUCCAUGUGUUUGCAUGGGAAUAUUUGCGUUCCAACUGGUGAACUACAAGCCUCUAACCUACAACAAUGUGUACGUGUACCCGUGGUGGGGGGAGAUGAUCGGAUGGUUCAUGGCUCUGUCCUCUAUGCUCUGCAUCCCCAUCAGCGUCAUCUACAAACUCAUUACAGCCAAAGGAUCUUUCAAACAGCGCUGGGAGACUCUGACCAAACCGGUGUGGGGAGCACAUCAUCUGGAGUACAUGGCACCUGAAGCAGACGGCAGAAGCCUGUCCUCAAUGUCCCCCGGCACUGAAGACAACAAGGUCAUCAUCUUCGAGAGCGGCAUGUAACCAUCAAGAUCUGGGGAUCCACCCGGGAGCCGAAGACAAGCCAAUAAUAAAGCUACCUUGAUACUAAUUCCAAUUGUUUUACACUAACCUGAAUAAAAUGUUGUUCUACUAUAAGCUGAUGACUCCUACAUGUCAUCAGGGAACAACUUCCAGGGUUGAAAUUGCUGCUUUUUCUAUUUCACUCCUCUAACUCUGUACGUUUUUCACAGUACACUAUUAGCUUGUCGUCGGUUUCUGAGGGAUUUAAGCGAGAUGCACAGCAGGAGAGGGAGUCUAGCUUGGUGUAGAUCUUUCUUAGGAUCACCUCCUCAGGGCAGAAUUCCCACAAUCCUCCUCGUUCAGCCUGGCACAGGUAAACACUACUGAUCUGUGUGCCGGUUAUAUGAGGAGGAUACCCCGCUCAUUAAUGCCCAGGUAGACGUAGACACACACAGUUGGGUCCAUGUAUUGAAAACUAAGGGCCAAACUAGUUUCUCUCUCAUUACAUUCUCCCUUCUUUAGUCUAACGCUAUAUAGUAUUACCUAGAAUACAGUGUAUUUGUGUAUAUUUAGGUCAGACCAAUAACGUAUCAUAAAAUACAACAAAAAGGUGUUUAAAAUUCAAAUAGAAAAGAAAUAGUUGAUCAUUUGGGGGUUGUUUUUGUUUUGUUUAUUUUAAAUCGACUGACCAGUGAGGUACGAAGUUCGUACAUAAAACAAUUCCUUUUAUUGUACAGUCUAUAGAGUUAGGAUUUGUUUUUUUUUGUUUUUUUUGUUUUUUUAUUGAAUGCGUCUGCGAAAAACUCACUUUAUGUGCCAAACAGUAUACAUCCUCCUUCUCUUUCAUAUAAGAAGGUCUCAUUGCCAUAAAAUAUCCAGAUCUCACCUGCCGAAUUUAGUGUUUGGUUAAGUAUUUGUAUUUUAUUUUAUUUAUUUAUUUUUUAUUUUUUGAUGAAACAGCAUCACUUCUGCAUUUUGCACAUUUUUAUUUUUUUUUUAUUCUUAUUUUUUUAACUAACACUAGAUUCAGAACAGGCUUCAUUUUCCAGCAAAGACGACAAGAGCGUAUCUAACAGGCAAUGCACAUUUUGGAAAAUUGGCUCAAACAGCAAAAAAUUAUUUUAUUUUUUUUUUUACAAAUAAUAAAAUCUUAAUUCGCAAAUAUCGUAAAACACUAAAAUGUUUCGUACAAAUGUUUAUCGACACCCUUUUAACUUCUGGCCUUAGACUCUCUUGUCCUGUUAUAGUACUGAAUAACAUGAAGCCUGUUCAGAAGUAAUGUACGAUCCGAAUUGUCGGGAAAACCGUUGCCAAACUUUGCCUUUUAUUGUUCGUUUUAAUGUAAGAGCCCAUUAGUAUCUACAUGUAUAUGGGGAUGCACUGUGGGAAUUCUGCCCUCUUUUCCUCACUCUAGUAUACAUUAGAAUGUAUACAAAUCUUUAGAAUGUAAAAAAAAAACUAACCAAAAAAAAACCAACAAAAGUAGAUGUUAAAUUUUAAUCGUAAUUUGAAUCUUUUUGUUUUACAUAACGUGAAAGAGAUCAGAGAUUUAUUUUGUGAAGGCUUUUAUUUUGCUGAUAUACAUCUGUCUAUAUAUAUAUAUAUAUAUAUAUAUAUAUAUAUAUAUAUAUAUAUAUAUAUAUAUAUAUAUAUAUAUAUAUAAGCAUAAAUAUACAUAUUGAAUAUCUGUGAGUUAUAUUUUAAAAGUUUGCUGCAGGAUGAAUUUUUGAUAGCGAUAUGACUGAGCAAAGGGAAUUAUUAACGAUACGAUUGAGUGGCGUUACAGAGAAAUAUUAUACGACACUUCAUGCUGUCUAAGUAUCAAGCUCGUGUGUGUGUGUGCGUGUGUGUGUGUGUGUGCGUUUGCGUUACGUGUUAGAUUUCAGUAUUUUCCAGCUGACCACCCAGGGACUAAACACAACAGAUAUGAGUCUGAUUCAGAAGAUACGAUUAACUCUAUUUUGAUAUUCCACUUAUAAUCACAAGUCAAAUACGCGAUCGUCUCAUCGUCCCUGUAGCUUUAUUCAUUAUAACAGACCUGAUAAAAUGUCUCACAAGAUACACCUGAGUGCAAAAUUUUGUACACCCUCAGAUAAGUUAAAUAGGUGCUCUUUAAUUACACGAGUAAUAAAAAACUUUUUUAGCAAGGACACACAAGAAGUGUAAACUUUCGCACUUCACCGUAACACUUUUGAUCAAAUAAUCCGAUCUAAGAGUCUCUCAGCUUCUGCACUCGCUUCCCGAAGAACUUUUUACCAAACUGUAACCAGCGAAGCAAAUCACACUAAUUUCACAUUUAUAGUUUUUUCCCCCCAAAUUUAUGUGUGUAUUAUAACAUAUGUAAGACCCAUGCGAUGGAUGAAUCAGAUUAAAAGCAGCCAGCAUUCGAAAGCACCUUCAAAGCAGUAUUUUCCCGAGAAACUUAGUGAGCUUAGUGAAACUGCCUGUAAUGUACUGUAGCUCGAAAGUGUACUGGGUCUAAAGUAUUAACCAGGCUGAAAAGAUUUCCCUUUUUCAUUUCACACACACACACACACACACACACACACACACACACACACACACACACACACACACACACACACAGUAUGGCCACUUUAUUAGGAACAGUCACAUUCACUGAACCUCAUAACCUGCAGCUACACGAUCGCCUAAUAAAAUGCACUUUACAAUCCAAAUAGAAAUCAAUCUGUUAAUCAUCCAAGUUGAGGAUCUGGUUCUCCUAUUCAUUCAAAAAACACCCUGGGAUGGUCAGCUGAUCAAAUGUUGUGUAGUCAUUGUAUGUAGAGAAGUAAAGAAACAACAUGAACGUCACCAAAACAAAAAAAAAAGGUGUUUUUGACAGUAGCUUUGUCCCAAAGACUUGCUCACUGCAAAUGAACUGCGGUUUGUUCUAGUUAACGUAGUGCCGUAAUUGAGAAAGUUUUCUUUAAUCGAUAAAUUUUUACUUAAUGAACUGAUUAAUAAUUGAAUAGAUUAAAAAGAAUCAUUUGGAUGAUUUCAUCUAUAUUUUUACAUGAACUUCAAAAAAAAAACGAACUUUUACUCAUCUAUAUAUUGAACGUUGAUAAACAACUAAGACUGUAAUCAAAAUCUAACAACUCAACAUAUGAUCUGUAUGUUUUACAAGUUAAAUUAACCAGCAGUAAUCAGUUAUUGUUUUUUUUGUUUGUUUGUUUGUUUUUAAAUAAAAACUAUUGUUCUAUUAGAAAAGCAAUGUUUUAUAAAGAGAUUUUAUUGUGAACUCUUUUCAUAAAUCAACUCAUAGUUCAGACUAGUUUCAUAGUUCAGACUCAACACUUUUGGCUAAAAUGUUUCAAACCUAAAUCCAGAUUUGUUCGUUUCUUGAUAUUCUAGAGCACAUGGUAUAUUAGCGGUAGCCAGAAACACUAAAGAUUUGGGUAAGGUUACUGUCUGCAAGAUUCUCUUUUUAACAUAGUUAACUUAGUGUUUAACUCUUUCAUUGUUGUGCUUUGUGACAUGCUGUGAGCUGUAACCACAGUCUUCCAUUCGUAAGCUGAAGUAGUAAUAACAUAACGACUCGUGCUGUAAAAGUCAUUUGCUCAUGCAGGAGUUGAUCACUGAUCGUUAAUGAUGUUGAUGUAUGAAGGGCUUCAUGCUUUAUACCACUGUGACUGUGUACUGAAGAUCCGCUCACCCAUAUCAAAGCAACAACCGGCAAUAAACAAACUAACUCCAUGGCAA